CCCCCUGCAGUUCUCGCCUGGCUUCCCAAUGAUGAUAAACAGGGUUGAGCCUGGCUGGUACCUGGAUGGGAGAACUCCUGGGCAUGUCAGAGUGUCUCUGCUGGCUUGCAGAGUUCGAGAGAGGACAAAACACAGACAGGGAGUUAGAGGCAGGAAAGAGGGUUGGAAAGAGUUCUCUUUCUCAUGGUGUCUCCUUCUGGACUGUUCAACUGAAGCAGAAGUCAGAAGAAGGACUGGAAGUUCUUUAAGGAUUUCUUUUGCUUUCUGUAAGCACUCAUACUUUGGGACCAUUGUUGAAAGAAUGAGGUCCAGGAGCAGUGGGAUGGAGGCUCCUGACAGUGGACGCCUUCAAGUCAAACAGUCCAGCAAAGGCUACCAAAAAGACAAGGAGGAAGGAGACAGCAUUGAGCAUAUGAUUAAGAAAAGUCCAACCGUGGCGAAGGAAGAGAAAGUAGAGGACGGUCCUGUACGUGAGACGGUGACGAGUUCGCAGAAAUCCACAGGAGAAAUGUACAGGAAGAAAGCAGGACUAAUGCAGCUUUCUAAAGAGGAGCUGCUUCACCUGCUCAGCAUCAUGGAGGGAGAGGUGCAGGCUCGUGAGGACAUUAUUCACAUGCUGAAGUCAGAAAGGGUGCAGCCCGAGUCUCUGGAGGCUCAAUAUGGAUCAGCUGUCCCCGUCACACCUCUGCAGGCCUUACAGAGAGACAACAUGCUCACCUGUAACAGGAUGCCUGAGAACAACGUCUAUGAGAUCCCCAUGAUGGAGCUGGACCGUUUGGAGGAGAAGCACAGAGAGACGUACAGAAGGAUGCUCGAGCAGCUCUUGCUGGCUGAGAAAUGCCACCGUCGCACAGUUAACGAGCUAGAAUGCGAGAAGCGCAAACACUUCGACUUCAUGAACAAGAGCGAUGACUUCACUAACCUGCUGGAGCAUGAGCGUGAGAGACUAAAGAAACUGUUGGAGCAGGAGAAAGCAUACCAAACCCGUAAAGACAAGGAGCACAGCAGGCGGCUAGAAAAAGUAAGAGAAGAGCUGGUGAAGCUAAAGUCCUUCGCUCUGAUGCUGGUAGACGAGCGGCAGCUCCACAUUGACCAGAUUGAUCAGCAAAGCCAAAAGGUCAUGGACUUCAGUAAAAAGCUGCAAGAGAGAGAUCAACAGCUGGAAAGUGUCACCAGCAAAUACAAAGAGGACAGUCAGAGAAUUCAGAAGUUGGAAGUGGAGUUGGAGCAUAAAGCUGCUAAGUUUUCACAGGAACACGAGGACAUGACAACCAAGCUCUCCAGUCAGGAAUCCCAAAACCAACAGUUACGCACAAAGCUGGCUGGUCUGUCUCGGAGAAUUGAGGAGCUGGAAGAAAGUAACAAAGCACUUCAGAAAUCCGAGGAGGAUUUGCAAGAGUUAAGAGACAAAAUCAGCAGGGGAGAAUGUGGUAACUCAAGCCUCAUGGCUGAGCUUGAAACUCUCCGUAAAAGAGUGCUGGAGAUGGAGGGAAAGGAUGAGGAGAUCACAAAGGCAGAAGCACAGUGCAAGGAGCUGAGGCGGAAGCUUCAAGAUGAAGAGAAUCAAAGUAGUGAGCUGAAAAUUGAAAUAGAAAAGCUACAGAAAAGGAUGGCAGACUUGGAAAAACUUGAAGGAACAUUUAAUGCAAGCAAAUCAGAGUGUACACAACUUCAUGCAAGCCUAGAAAGAGAGAAGACCUUCACAAAGAACUUAACCAAGGAGCUGGAAGCUGUUAAAAAUCAUGUUAAAGAGAUUAAGUGUGCUGAGUCAAGGCUUGAAAAGGCAGAAAGUAGCUUAAAAGAUGAUUUGACAAAACUCAAGUCAUUUACUGUAAUAUUAGUGGAUGAGAGGAAAAACAUGGCAGAAAGAAUUAAGUUAGAGGAGCAAAAAAGUGAAGACAUGAGCAAGCUGUUUAAGGCUGAGCAAGGCAAGGUCAUGGAAAUCACAGAGAAGCUGAUUGAAGAGAGCAAAAAGCUUUUGAAACUGAAGUCAGAGAUGGAGAUGAAAGUGUCAGCUCUCAUAAAAGAGAAAAAUGCCCUAAGGACAAGACUUGCAUGUGAAGAAGAUAAACAACAUGAUCUCAAUGCAAAGGUCAACCUAAUGCAAAAGAGGGUGGACUGUUUGGAGGAGGCUGAAAGAAAAUCCAGAAGCAGACCUGAUGUAGACAAGGCAAGAUAUGCUGAUGACGACAACAAGGUUAAAGAGUUAACAGAGGAGAUUGAUAGGCUGAAGAACCGCUUGAAGCAGCUAGAAGUUGUGGAGGGUGAUUUGAUGAAGACAGAGGAUGAAUAUGAUAUGCUUGAAAAGAAGUUCAGAACAGAGCAGGAUAAGGCCAAUGUCCUUUCUCAGCUCCUGGAGGAAAUGAAGUCACAGAUUGCCAGAAACAAGGCAAUCGAAAAGGGGGAAGCUGUGAGCCAAGAAGCUGAACUAAGAUUGAGGUGCAAGAUGGAGGAGGCCAAAACCAGAGAUUUGCAGGCAGAUGUCCUGGCUCUUAAGGAGAAGAUUCAUGAGCUGAUGAACAAGGAGGAUCAGUUAUCACAACUUCAGGUUGAUUACACAGUUCUACAGCAGAGGCUCAUCGAAGAGCAGGACAAAAAGAAAAGUAUGAGCCAACAGAUCCUAAACCUUACCAAAGAGUUAGAGGUGACUAAGCGAUACAGCAGAGCACUACGGCCUAGCAUGAAUGGAAGGAGGAUAGUGGAUGUCCCUCUUACUUCAACAGCUGUCCAGACAGAUGCACAUGCUAAUGAAGCUCUUGAAGAAGAGACUCCAGCAGUAUUCAUAAGGAAAUCUGUUCUGGAAGAAAAUCAUGUGAUGAGCAAUCUGAGGCAGAAAGGUCUUAAAAAACCAGCAGUUCUGGACCGGUAUCCGCCUGCAUCUGCAGAACUAGGUAUGAAAAAAUCAUUGAUUCCCUGGAUGAAGAAGAAAGAUGCAAGAGCUGAUGCACAGGACGGCUUAGACAAGUUGACUUAUAAAGUUAAUGGAGAUGCGUCACCUCAACCACCAGAGUUAACCAUGUCACAAAAACCAGGCCAGCCACUGCAUAUAAGGGUGACUCCAGGUCAUCAAAACAGCACUGCCACAUUGGAGAUCACCAGUCCUCGUGCUGAGGACUUCUUCUCAAGCACUACAAUUAUUCCCACUUUAGGGAUGCAGAAACCAAGGAUAACUAUAGUCCCUAACUCCACUACUGUGUCGCCAAAGGGCAGCUAUGAUGUAAUGGACAGGACCAAGUCUCCAGUGACCAUUACGACUAUUUCUAGAGCCAAGUCCCCAGAGGGAAGCAAGAUCUCCUACCCCGACUCCCCAAGCUCUCCUGUCUCAGUCAUCACAGUUAGCACAAGCCCAGUGAUGCAGGCGCCUAUCUCUCCAGAGCCUCAGGAGACCUCAAGCAUGGGCCGAGCUGUGUUUAAAGUGACUCCAGAGAAGCAGACAGUGCCAACACCAGUUCGCAAAUACAACUCGAACACCAACAUCAUAACAACAGAAGACAACAAAAUACAUAUUCACCUAGGGAGUCAGUUCAAGAGGUCUCAGGACUCUGGAAGUAGUCCCACACUCACAGUAAGGCCUCUGAGUCUAUGCACAGAGAGCAAGGAGACACCGAUUACAGGAACUGUCCUGCGUUCCCCUCGACAGUCCUCCACUUCUUUAGGGAAAUCCACACCUGGAAAGAUGACAAGUAGCAUCACCAUUACCCCUAUCACAUCUGCUCCUUCCAGGCCAACCCAGUCUGUGUUGCUUCUGAAUUGUUUCAAAAUGAUAUCAGGGGGUGUCUGCUCCCUAGAUAGAUCUCUGUCCAGUCCGGGACGGAUGUGCAGUCAACUUGGUCUUGCUCAGCAACACGAAUCCCUAUGUCAAAAGAAAAUGUUGUGCUCCGCAUGACUUUUGACCCUCGUUGAGAUUGAGGUGUAGCACUAAGGUCAAACAUCUCCACAGCUCAGAUUGCAGUGCUGUCAGAUGUCAGCUCCUCAUCUGGCACCUGGAUCAGCACCACCCUGAACUUUACCCCUGGAACCAAGCUGGGAAUCUGGAGCACACAAGUCUGCUGAUAUGUUUUUUUGUUUUUUUUGGUAAUAGAGUGUGAUUCAGUGGUGAUGGGAUGGUUUUGUGGAGAAAAAAGUAAGUUGUGGGAUAACAUGGGAAAUGAAUGCAUGUGAAUAGGACAGAGCUGGAUUUAAAUUUUACAGAAGCAACAUACAAUACAGUGUAAAAAUGACUGUCAUUUACAAGAUAUGUAAGUGAUGUUGAUUUAAUUGUUUUAAUUUAAUUCUGAAGGCCUCCGAUUUGUAUGUAUAUGCAGUUAUGAUGGUAUUGAAGUGGAAAUAUAUGUCUAUACAAACACUAUACAAGACAUUAUAGAGCUACUUUUUUAUUGGAGCACGUUUUCAAUUAAAAUAUGGACUCUGACCAAGUCGGUCAGUGGAAUUUUAUUCAUUUUAAUAACUCAUUGUUCAAUUUGUACAGUCCAGAUAUGCUUUCUAAAGCAGAAAUUACAGUACAUAGUGUUAUUAUUAAACUGGAAUCAGGUAAACUAGAGUAGGAUAUUAAAAGCCUGAAAUGAUGGGCACUUUCAAUAAACUAACACAAUUUUAGCAGUCUUGUGUUAAAAUUGUGCCUUUUAACUUUCAGCAGAAAGCACAAGUGAGAAAGAAUGUAAUGAAGAUUAUACAUAAUUAAGAAUUUUUUAAUCAUAUACAAGAUGUUUGAAUAGUAUGUUCCAUAUCUCAGAUGUACUGUAGAUUAUGUUUACACAAUCCCAUUCCUCAAACUCAAAACACCCUAGUCAUUCAUGAAUGAGUCGAAUCUUUGAGAUCCUUUGAGGUUCUUUUUAGAUGGGAGUCAAACUCAGAAAAAGCUGUAAUAUUAUUUUGUUAAAAUUAAUCUGUAUUUUGUAUUCCUGACUCUUUAAUGUCAUUAAUCACAUACAGUGUAUGUAGUGAAUCUUAUCAACAAUGUCUUGGUUGUCUGGAACAGAAUUCUACUGAGAAAGUUAAGACAUGUACUUAAAAGACAAAGAGAAUUUCCCCCUAAUCUUCAAAUGUCCAGUUUGAGUGAAUCUGUGCCCAUGAUGAUGGCUGAUUCCAGUUCUUGGGUGACAGGAGGGGAACCCAAUGUGGUAGUCCAUCCACCGCAAGGUUUGAAGUUUGGUGUUGAGCUGCUUUUGUGCUCACCGCGGUUGUAAAGAGUGCUUAUUUGAGUUUACUAUAUCCUUCAGCUUGAACCAAUCUUGCCAUUUUCCUCAGACCCAGUAUCAACAAGCUAUUUACACCCACAGAACUGUCUCACACACUUUUUUUUUGUUUUUUUUGCACCAUUCAGUGUAAACUCUAGAUCUAGACUGUUGUGUGUGAAAAUCCUGGGAGUUCAGCAGUUUCUGAAAUAUUCAAACCGGCCCAUCUGGUACCAAUAUCCAUGCCAUGAUCAAAGUCACAGAAAUCACACUGUUUAUUCAGUCUGAUGUUAACAUUACCUGAAGCUCUUGACCUGUAUGAUUUUUUUUUUCCUGUACUGGAGUUCCUAAUAAAGUGGACAGUGAGUGUUUUAUA